AUGAGGUGUGGCUGGGCGUGGUUAUGCUAAUGAGCACAGGUUUAAAUUGCCUCUCGGGUGUCGGUAGCAGAGGGCAUUGCUUAGAUCGGCAGCGGCGUCAGAGGUGACUGAAGUGACAGGAGGGACGUGAUGGGCAAAUCGCUGCCUCGAGUGAUGGUGGUGGUGAUGGUGGUGGCGAUGACGGUGGCGAUGAUGGCUACGGAGGGGAUGGCAGGUCACGUGGCCGCUCCCCCGCCCACGUGUCCGUGCCAGCUGGGGUCACCGCGGGGUCACGCGGCCGUGCCGUCUCGCUUCAAUCUCAGCAAGAUCCGGCGCGCGCGCGUCACGUGUCCCAGCGCGGGCUGCCCCCUGCAGAUCGUGGCCACGCUGCAGACCCUUCAGACCGUCUGCCUGGACCCGCUCUCGCCUCGCAUUCAGAGACUCGUCCGCUCCCGCAAGAAUCUGCCCGCGUGCGCCAUCCGUGCGAUGACGUCAUCGAGGAGUUAGGCUGGGUGGGCGUGGAGGGCGGGGCGAGCGGGGCGUGACGUCACAUGAGCAGUGGGGGGGGGGGAGGUGUCACGUCAGACGAGGAGGAGCAGUGUGGCGUGACGUCCCAGGAGGAGGAGCAGUGUGGCGUGACGUCACAGGAGAAAAUGGCGCAGUGAGGCGUGACGUCACAGCGUUGCCGGUUCAAAGCUGUGACGUGGGGUGGUGGUGGUGGUGGAGGGGGCGAGCUGAUUGGACUAGGAUAAGAAUGAGAAAUUAAAUAUUUAUUUUAGACGACUUGAGGAGAAAUCCGAUGAGCUGUGAAGCUCUCUGUUCACAGACGGGUCCAGGAGGAGAAACACGGAGUAGUCAGAACGUUACAACAACAAACACGGCACUACACAAGCACCAUAGGAGGUGUGCAACAGUUUAGAAAAUGUAAACAAAUCUCUUAACAACAACAACACCACGCACAAAUAAACCUGCAUCUAUUUUUUUGC